CGCCAUGACACCCCGCGGGGAGGUUGCUGGGCUGGCGGGGUGAGGCACGCCAUUGGCUCCCUCCCGCGGCCCCGGAACUGGUCUCUACUUCCCGCGGCUGUGCGGCAGCAUGGAGGCGCAGGAGCUGUUUCGGCGGCUGGGCGCCGGUGCCCGCUUCGAUGUCCGGCGGUUCGGGCAAGACGCGCGGCGAUUCGGGGUGAUAAAGGGAAGCGGCGGCGGCGUCUCACUGGAGAGCCUUGAUUUCUUCGGGCGCAGGGAAGAAACCUCCCUGGACUCUGCCGAGGAGGGGUGGAGGCUCGCAGAGGCUGGAGAGGAGGCGAAUGGUGGAGAGCAGCAGCAGCGGGAGGAUGAUUGCACAGGGAAGAACGUCGCAGAGAUGGCAGGAAAGAGGAAAAGAACUGCAGAAAGCAGUGAAGGGAAAAAACCAAAGAAAAAAGCACGAGGAGCAGCUGCAAUACCAGAGUUGUCAGAAAGUAAUGGAAUAAAGUGGAUGUCCUCUCUGGAAGCAAAAUUGGAAGAUGCAAAAGACAAAAAGCCUACUGCAGAAAAACUUGAACGUUUGCGGAGAGAAAAGGUGAACCGCUUCAGGAAUCAACACAAGAUCAGUGUUCAAGGAACAGAUCUUCCUGACCCAGUUGCCACGUUUGAUCAGCUUCAAAAGGAGUACAAAGUCCACCCUAAAAUCAUUGAGAACAUUCGAGCUGGUGGCUUCCAGGUCCCAACACCGAUCCAGAUGCAGGCUAUUCCUGUCAUGCUUCAUGGUCGGGAACUUCUAGCUUCAGCUCCUACGGGAUCUGGAAAAACACUGGCAUUUUGUAUUCCUCUCUUAACACAUCUGAAGCAACCUAGGAACAAAGGAUUCAGAGCUCUGAUCAUAUCACCUACCCGAGAACUUGCUAGCCAGACGCAUCGGGAGCUGGUGAAGUUGGCAGAGGGGACGGGCUUCAGAAUACAUAUGAUCCACAAAGCAACUGAAGCAGCAAAGAAGUUUGGGCCCAAGUCUUCUAAAAAAUUUGAUAUACUGGUUACUACUCCAAACAGACUCAUUUAUUUGCUGAAACAAGAUCCUCCAGCAGUAGACCUGACCAGUGUGGAGUGGCUGGUGGUGGAUGAGUCAGACAAGCUGUUUGAAGAUGGGAAGUCCGGGUUCCGUGACCAGCUGGCCUCCAUCUUCCUGGCAUGCACAUCCCACGUGGUUAGAAGAGCCUUGUUCAGUGCAACCUUUGCACAUGAUGUAGAGGAGUGGUGUAAACUCAACCUUGACAGUGUUGUUCUGGUGUCUGUUGGAGCAAGAAACUCUGCAGCAGAGACAGUUGAACAGGAGCUGUUGUUUGUUGGAUCUGAGACAGGAAAACUAACGGCGAUGCGGGAGCUUGUUAAAAAGGGCUUUGCUCCUCCAGUCCUUGUUUUUGUACAGUCUAUUGAGAGGGCUAAAGAGCUUUUCCAUGAACUUAUUUAUGAAGGCAUCAAUGUGGAUGUCAUCCAUGCAGACAAAACUCAGCAACAGCGAGAUAAUGUAGUGAACAGUUUCAGAGCUGGGAAGAUCUGGGUGCUCAUCUGCUCUGCCUUACUAGCUCGAGGGAUUGAUUUCAAAGGAGUGAAUAUGGUCAUCAAUUAUGAUUUGCCAACAAGUGCAGUUGAAUACAUCCACAGGAUAGGUCGUACUGGAAGAGCAGGGCACAGAGGAAAGGCCGUCACUUUCUUUACAGAAGAUGAUAAACCUUUAUUACGGAGUAUAGCCAGUGUUAUUCAGCGAGCUGGCUGUCCUGUGCCAGACUACAUAAAGCACUUCCCCAAAAUGCAAAGUAAACAAAAGAAGAAGUUCAUUAAGAAACCAUUGACAAGAGAAUCCAUUUGUACCACCCCUCAGUGCUUCUUAAAAAAAGGCAAAAGAAAAACGAAAACUAUGAAGGAAAAUAUUAAGGAAAAAAAGAAAUUUAAAGAAGAUACUGUCAGUAAAUUGCAGACUGUUUCAAAAAGCUGAAUGGCAGCAGCCUGCUCAGGAGGUGAGGCUGACAGCUCUGUCCAUACUGAAGAACAGAAGAAUGAAGAUAACACUGGCAAAGGGAGAAAUCUAUUCCUUAAGUUUCCUGCUGGGUGAGGAUGGAUGUUUACAUGCAAGAAAGUCUACUGAAAUGGCAGUAGAGGAUUCCUGAAUGCUUCUUGUAGAAGCUGAAGAGUGUGCUAUUGCAGUAAAUAUCUUGUGUUUCUGAACAAUAGCUCAAAAAUAGCAUGUUUGUCUUUACUUUCAUGUCGUUUUGUGUCAGCUCUAUUCAGAUCAUCCAUAACAUGUUUGUCAGACUUCCAGAAUAUUCAGUGGCACAAAACACACAAAGUUUAAUUUUAGGCUUGUCAAAGAUGUCCCUGGAUGCUUUAAAAAACAAACCACACCUACUUCUAUUGUAUGUGAAAGUAAAGCCUUUCACCUCCUCCCUUUUUUUUUCUUCCCUAAAAUCAUUUUGAAAUAACUAACACUUCACAUUUUGUAUUGUUUCAUAUUUAUAAACAAGACUUGCCUGCCUGUACAGCCUUGAUGCCUCAGCCUCUUACACAAAACCUCCAGGCCCUACACCUUUUUCAACCUCCCCAUCUGGUUAUGGUGGUCCCAGUCCCCACAAUUCCAGUACUGCAGGAAUAGCUUCUCCUUUGCAACUAUAAUCCUUCUUUAAGCAGGCCUUCCUUUACAACCUUCUUGCUUUGGCAUACUUAACCCACUUGGGAGAGGGAUGUCGGGUGCAUAUCACUUGUUUAGCACAGAGCACUCGCUGUUCAUUGCUCUGACAACUGAGAAGUUGUGUGAGAAACAGGAUGCAGAGUCUUCCUCAGUUUUGCUUUUUCCUGAGCUAGGGUGAAGCUGAGUUGGUUUUGCUAUCUCUGCAGAAUUGCAUCUUAUAUUUGGAUUAUAUACAAAAUAAUGUCUUCCUGUUGACACCUAUGAAUAAAUGUUCCUGUACAUUUUAUUAAA